AUGGCAACUUACGCUUGGACAGCUUUCAUGAUCACUGGAAGAUGCCGUGUUCUCAUAGCUUGGAUGAGUAACAAAGCAUCUCCUUCCCCAAUGAUGAAGAUGUUGAAAAGGAUGAUGCCAAAAAGAGUGUUUCAGGUAAUGAUGGAAGAUGUUAAGAAGGACAACAAAGCAUCUCCUUCCGCAAUGAUUAAAGGAUGUUGCCAAAAAGACUGCUUCAUGUAA